UAAAGGGCACAAAUUAUGCAAAUAAUCAAGUCAUCUUUAAAACCCUUUUCGUCUAACAGAACAAAUGAAUAAGUAACAAGUUCCUAAGGCAUUUUCAAUGCUGGAGAAGGUAAAGUUCAUUGGCUUUAGCCCAGAUGGUUGACUUGACAUUUUUGCAUUACAGGAGAAGCAAAGUUGUGGCUUGGCUGUCAUUUCUCCCCCUUCCCUGGACUCCCCAUCUGGAAUGAUUCAGUGAACACCUAAAACCUUGCAAUAAACAAAUCUUGUGGGACCCGAAAAUGGAGAAGCAUCUGAAGAAUAUUAUUCUGGUUUCGGUUGGAUUCUUGUUUCUAUUUACUGCUUAUGGAGGGCUCCAGAGCUUGCAGAGCAGCCUCCACUCUCAAGAAGGCCUGGGCGUUGCCUCUCUGAGUGUUGUCUAUGCAGCCCUUAUCCUCUCCUCCAUGUUUCUCCCACCGAUCCUCAUUAAGAAGCUUGGGUGCAAGUGGACCAUUGUGGGCUCCAUGUGCUGCUACAUCACAUAUUCUUUGGGAAACUUCUACGCCAGCUGGUACACACUGAUCCCCACAUCUAUGAUCUUGGGGCUGGGAGGAGCACCACUCUGGUCAGCCAAGUGCACAUAUCUCACCAUCGCUGGAAACUCAUAUGCUCGGAAAGCAGGGAAAAUUGGGAAAGAUAUUGUCAACCAGUACUUUGGAAUAUUCUUUCUGAUAUUCCAGUCCUCUGGAGUAUGGGGAAAUCUUAUAUCAUCCCUUGUAUUUGAGCAGACACCCAACCAAGUGGAACACUCAGAUGCAGAUCUGUGCUGUGGUGCAGAACAUUGCACGGGGGUAAAUGCCACAAACAGCACUGUGGCUCAGAAAAAACCACACGAUACCUUAAUCUACACUCUGCUGGGAAUCUACACAGGCAGUGGGGUGCUGGCUGUGUUGCUAGUUGCUAUUUUUCUGGAUCGGAUCACAGACGACCAAGCAGAGGGUGAGAAAAAGGAGACACCUUCCUUGUGCUUCACUUUCAUGGCAACAUUUCGGCAUCUUAAAGAUAAACGCCAGUGUCUCCUGAUUCCCCUGACCAUGUACAGCGGGUUUGAACAAGGAUUCCUUGCUGGUGACUACACCAAGUCCUAUGUGACCUGUGCCCUUGGGAUAAAUUUUGUCGGCUAUGUGAUGAUCUGCUUCUCGGCUGCAAAUUCACUCUGCUCCCUGCUCUUUGGGAAGAUUUCCCAAUUUACUGGCAGAAAAAUUCUAUUUGCAAUGGGUGGAGUUCUCAACCUUGCCUGCAUAAUAGGACUAUUGCUCUGGAAACCUCGCCCAAGCCACCUUGCCCUGUUCUUCGUAUUCCCUGCCCUGUGGGGUGUGGCUGAUGCUAUCUGGCAGACGCAGACCAAUGCUCUCUAUGGAGUGUUAUUUGAAAAGCACAAGGAGGCUGCCUUUGCUAAUUAUCGCCUGUGGGAGUCCCUGGGGUUUGUCAUCGCCUUUGGUUACAGCACGUUCUUAAGUGUCAGCGUCAAACUUUAUAUUGUGCUGGCUGUACUGGUGGUGGCCAUGGUAUGCUAUGCAGCAGUCGAGCACCUGGAAUCACAGUCCUCUCCUGGUCCUGAACUACCCAGUAUCUCAAAGCAGGAGCCAAACGAACUAGGCGAGAAAGAUCCGCAAACCCAUUUGUAGCCCA